CAUUUUCUUCCACACUUCCGAGUCUCUCCGAGUUGACUCACUGGUUUUCCUGAUCGCCCUUCAUUUCAGGGUUGACACUCCCCCCAAUAUUAUAAUAGCAAAAUUAAGAGAGAAGCAAAAGCAAAAAGAAUGCUUCGUUUCACAUUUUCAUUAGAAUGAUUUUGCGAAAAUGAAUAAAGCCAGCAGAUUAGCGGCAGCAAUCAAUCCCCAAUCCAGCCCUUUUCAGAUUAGGGUUUCUCUUUUUCAUUGCACCCCUGUUUCCGAGCGCAGAAGACGCAACCAUUGGGAUUCUGAAAUUCCUUUUAGGAGUCCCCCAAAGAAAUUUAACCAGUAUCACAAAAGGCUCAAGAAACAGAGUUUGUUGCGCAAUGUCAGUGAAUUUGCGGAGCACCUAUUUCAGAGCUGGCAGUCAGAUAGAGACGAGUACAGCGAACCCCGUGGUCGAGGUAGUUCUUGGUCCAGACCAACUUUCAGCGACGACGAAUAUAUAAGAGGGAAGCCAAAAAAUAAAUCAUCAAGAGCUUCUAGAAGAUUUGAGUUCUGUGAAGACGAUGAUGAUGAAUUCGAGACGAUGUUCCGAUCGGGAUUUGGUGGAAACAGAGACUACCAUUGGUCAUUCACAAUAGACUACGAACCGAGAUUUAGGAACUCUUCGAGCUACUACACCAACUAUUCAAGAACUUCUUCUAAUGGCUCGAAAUAUUCAUUUAACGAUGAAUCGGAAUACGAUUAUUCUUCAUCCGAUCACUAUCAUAAACCUACUACCGGCAUAAAAAAAUCUGAUAGGCUUGCUUUGGGACUCAGUGCUUCUGGCCCUUUGAAUGUCACAGAUGUUAAAAACGCAUAUCGAGCAUGCGCGUUAAAAUGGCAUCCAGAUCGACACCAGGGUUCGUCCAAGGUUGCUGCUGAAGAGAAAUUCAAGGUUUGCAGUGCAGCGUACCAGUCUAUAUGCGAUAAUCUGGCUAUGCAUUAGAGGGAUUUAUUGUAACUGAUUAGUGAUUAGAUUAACUUAAUACAUUUUAAUUUAUUUUUCAACUUAUAAGCCAUCAGUUUGCAACUUGUGCUAUUGCAGCUUUUUUUUUUUAAGUUACAUAGAUGAUCUGUAAUGGGUGUUGCUUUAUAUUGUCUUGGAAUGUAUUACAAAGGUAAAAUAAGUGAUAUCAUCAAUUAACUUAUGGGCAAAUUACGGCCA